GUUGAACACAUCAAUCAUUCAUAUCUCUCUCUCGUCACCCUAAAAAACUAAUUAUUUUAUUUUAUUUUCAAAAUUAAUUAUUGUUAACAUCACCUCCUUCCUUCAUCCUCCACAGGGAUCCAAAAAAAAUCAAGUGCAUCAUUUUGAAUGGCGUGAAAACUGCGUUAUAUAACAAGCUAUGUAUCAAGCUACGUCUAGCAAAAACGGAGAAUCUUCUUCUUCACAGCCUCCUCAACAACAGCAGAAUGAUAACGAACCAGAACAGGAGCAACAUGGUGACACAUGUAGUAUUCCUCCUGCGCAGUCUGGAAACAUAGACUCUCGUUCCCGUGGCAGCGCCAACAACAACACGGUAUUCAAGAGUGGACAUCUAUCUAUAUCAUCAAAAGGGCUUGGCUGGACAUCUUGGAAGAAAAGAUGGUUUAUUUUGACACGUACUUCACUUGUUUUCUUCCGAAGUGACCCGAGCGCAGUCCAACAGAGAGGCGGUGAAGUCAAUUUAACCCUUGGUGGAAUUGAUCUCAACAACUCAGGCAGUGUGGUUGUUAAGGCAGAUAAGAAGCUGUUGACUGUUCUCUUCCCUGAUGGUCGUGAUGGACGUGCCUUUACACUCAGGGCUGACACUAUGGAGGAUCUACAAGAGUGGAAAACUGCUCUUGAAAACGCUUUGAUGCAAGCACCUAGUGCUUCCCAUGUUAUGGGUCAAAAUGGUAUCUUCAGGAAUGAUCAUGCACCAGAUGCACCCCCUGCCGAUGUUGAUGAACCCAAAGAAGAGACACCAACAAAUUUGACUGUCUUUGGAAGACCAAUACUACUUGCUCUAGAAGAAGUUGAUGGAUCUCCAUCUUUCUUGGAAAAGGCUCUUAGAUUUGUUGAAGAUCAUGGAGCCAAGACAGAAGGAAUCUUGAGACAAGCUGCUGAUGUUGAUGAUGUUAACCAUCGGAUUCGUGAAUAUGAGCAAGGGAGAAAUGAGUUCACUCCCACUGAAGAUGCUCAUGUUAUUGGUGAUUGUCUUAAGACUGUUCUCAGGGAGAUGCCUUCCUCUCCAGUGCCUGCUUCUUGUUGCAACGCCCUUCUUGAAGCUUGCCGUGACCGUGGCCAUAGAGUCAAUGCCAUGCGUGAAGCAAUUUCUGAAUCAUUCCCUGAACCAAAUCGUCGCCUUCUUCAAAGGAUCCUGAUGAUGAUGCUGGUAGUGGCCUCUAACAAAAAUGUGAACCGGAUGAACACAAAUGCAGUUGCAGCUUGUAUGGCACCUUUGCUUCUUCGACCUCUUCUCCAUGGUGACUGUGAGAUUGAAAAUGAUUUUGAUGUCGGCGGUGAUGGUUCAGCGCAACUUCUGCAAGCAGCUGCUGCAGCUAAUCAUGCACAGGCUAUAGUCAUCACACUGUUAGAAGAUUAUGAAAACAUCUUUGGAGAAGGUUCCUUGUCAGCUGGAUUGUACUCUGAUUCAGAAGAGAGUGGUAGUGGAACCGAGGAGGGAACAGAUGAUGAAGAGUAUGAUGAUGAUGAUGGCACACAAGGAUCUGAUGAAUACACAGAUGAGGAAGGGGACCUUGAAGAUGAAUCUGAAGGAUCAUACAGUGAGAGUGAAGCCUCUGUCGAUCAUCAUGGUGAUGACCAUAAGGCACGGUCCCAUACUAAGAUAAAUGAUAACUUAAGUUCUGAAUCAAAAUCUCCAAAAGGAAGUAUGAAGCCUAAAGUUCCUAAGAAGCUAUUAUCCGGCUCUAACCGGUCUUCGCUACCACGGUAUGCUGAUGAUGAUGCAAGGAAGGAUGAUAACAUCCUAGUUAAAGGUUCUUCUGAUGAGGUCUCAAAAACUGAGGAUAGAAACUCAUCAACUUCAGAUGUAGCCUCUGCCUCUAAGGAACCGUCUAGUGAAAGACACUGGGGACGUGCCCAUGGGAAGAGAAACCUUUCCAUAGAAUCUAUUGAACUCUCAGCUGAGGUGGACGAGGCCGAUGCUGACGUUGAAAGACUUGAGACAACCAAAACAGAGCUACAAAACAGAAUUACAGAGGAGGUUAAGAACAAUAAAGUUCUACAUUCUAGUUUGGAGAGACGGAAGAAGGCUUUGUACGUGAGACGCGAAGCUCUAGAGAAAGAUGUGGAAAGGCUACAAGAACAGUUGCAGCAAGAGAGAGACAAGAGAUCAGCUUUGGAAGUAGGACUGAAAAUGUCAAAAGGGAAUAAACCUAUUCAAGAAACAACUGAUGUAAAGUUGAAUAAAGAUCUGCAAGAAGUAGCUCAAGCAGAGGAUGAUAUUACCAACUUGGAGCAUAAGGUUGAUGAUCUUGAAAACAGACUUGGUAAACAAGACGUGAAAGCCUCUGGUGCAAGCAAAGGAUCUCGGAGAAGUCCAGAGCAUAAUGCAAAAAUGAAGGAGAAACAAAAGGAUACAGAAGCAGCAGCCUCCACGCUCAAGGAAGGGCAUUGGGAUGCAAGAGGAAAUGAGAAAGAGAGGCAACAUGAGCCACGUGGCAAAAGCUCGCAGAAGCUUGCGGGCACGUCUAAGAGGUCUGGCUCAAAGGGAGAGGGAAACACAACAACGACUUCUGCACUUUCCAAAUUGACAAUGAGACUCAACUUCCUCAAGGAGAGACGUAGUCAGAUCGCUAACGAGCUUUCAAACAUGGACAAAGGAAAAAGCAGCUCAGGGCAACCCAGUCCAUCCUCGGGGCAAAAGCGCAGUCCCCAGGAGACUGAAAGAGGAGGAACAGGUUCGAACCAGAACCAGAACCAGGAUUCAGACAGCAGCAAACUCAAUAGCCCGCAUGUUCUUGACCGAGGAAGAUCAGACAACGGAGGAGAUAGAAGCAAAGGAUCCGGUGGAGGAAACCAUCCCAGCACUACACCAAGGACCUUCUCCAGAUGAUAUCGGUCACUGAGAGCUGCUUAAACCCAACUCCCCCCAGAUGUACAGUCACUAUUUAACUCCAGGUCCUAUGCUUAUUCUUUUCUCCCCCAACCGACAAAUAACAGAUUCAUUCUUUAUUAGUUCUCUCUCUCCUCUUGCUUCAAAGAAUCAAAUAAACUACACUCUCUUUUUUUUUUUAUUGUGUUAUUGACUGUUCAGUGGAUAUAUGUUACUAUGGUAGAGACAUUUACAUCAGUAUAGAAACAAAACAAAAAAUUGAAUUGUAUGUAACAACUAACAACAGUGCUUGCUUGAACAAAAUCAUAAAUGAUUCCUCUGCUAGUA